CCGGGCCGGACGCCUGCGCAGUGCGUCUUCGAGGUGCGCAGUGGGUCUGCGAGGUGCGCAGUGGCUGUCGCAGACGGGCCUAGCCCAGUGGCUGUCGUUAGGGUUGCGCGCGCCUGGGGUCGUUGGAGUUGGGCACCAGUGGCCGCGAGGCGAAGAGCCCUGGUUCCCCGGCCGCGAUCUGUGAGCGGCCACCAUGUCUAUCUUCACCCCCACCAACCAGAUCCGCCUGACCAACGUGGCGGUGGUUCGCAUGAAGCGCGCAGGCAAGCGCUUCGAAAUCGCCUGCUACAAGAACAAGGUGGUGGGCUGGCGCAGCGGCGUGGAGAAAGACCUGGACGAGGUCCUGCAGACGCACUCCGUGUUCGUGAACGUCUCCAAAGGCCAGGUCGCUAAGAAGGAAGACCUCAUCAGUGCUUUCGGCACCGACGAUCAAACGGAAAUCUGCAAGCAGAUUUUGACUAAAGGAGAGGUUCAGGUAUCUGAUAAAGAAAGGCACACACAGCUGGAGCAGAUGUUUAGGGACAUUGCAACCAUCGUGGCAGACAAGUGUGUCAACCCGGAAACAAAGAGACCAUACACUGUUAUCCUUAUUGAGAGAGCCAUGAAGGACAUCCACUAUUCAGUCAAGCCCAAUAAGAGUACAAAACAGCAGGCUUUAGAAGUGAUAAAGCAGCUGAAGGAAAAGAUGAAGAUUGAACGUGCUCACAUGAGGCUCCGGUUCAUUCUUCCAGURAAUGAAGGGAAGAAGCUCAAGGACAAGCUCAAGCCGUUGAUCAAGGUUAUAGAAAGCGAAGACUAUGGCCAGCAGCUAGAAAUUGUGUGUCUGAUUGACCCAGGCUGCUUCCGRGAAAUUGAUGAGCUAAUACAAAAGGAAACAAAGGGCAAAGGUUCUUUGGAAGUUCUCAAUUUGAAAGACGUGGAAGAAGGAGAUGAGAAGUUUGAAUGACAUUCAUCAGUCUCUUCAGCUAUAAAACACUAAAAGGAGAUGUUUCUGUUUCUGGUAGCACUGUUCAAUUUCUGUGAUUUGCCAAAAAAAGUGAUCAAUUUGACAUUUCUGUCUUGUGUUCAUGUGUGCAUAAAAAGACUUCCUACAUGAGGAUAAUGUGGGAAUGACUUUGUUUUAAUUUUAAACAGGUGUUCUAAACACAAUGAAAACUCAAAAGUACCAAGUCCAGAGGGUCAUUUUGCUGCUGUCUCAGGCCUUUAUGGCACUCCAAAAUGAAAGCUUCCUGAGACAACUCUUGUGGCUAAAAAGUUAAGUUUUGUAUAUUAUAUAAGUAAGAUUAUUGGGAAAUAUGUCUGUAUGUUAAAAAGGAGUAUUUACUGGAAAAGAAAACGUGUAAUACAGCCUGUAGGGGUAACUAUCGUGUCAGUCAAGCUUGGAUGAUGACGUCCUGAUUAUCUGAAAUGGGCAUGUGGUGGCUGUAGGACUGAAUGAUGGUCAUUGAAUAUGCUGCCAAAACUCAGAUUGUCCUUGGUAAAAUAUAAAGUCAUUCGUUUCUAAUUCUUAAAGUUAUAUAACAUAUAUUAAUACAGCUAAAAUUAUAUGUGAUCAAUAAACUACUACUAUUUUUGUUAAACUGGCUUGUGUUUGUAGACAGCUUGCUAACUCCUUUUCUCCAUCUACAGUAGGGUUGGAAGUUGUCAGGAGAAUUAAAUAAGCUGGUGUUAAUGAACAUGCCUAUCUGACAAACACCAAAUAAAUCUUAAUUUGGGGGAUGUAAUUGUUUUAUUUUGUUGAUAGCAGUUUUUAUUUACACCGUUAAA